UUAAGUUCAUCAAUGUUCAUAUACUGGCAUGUUAUAUACACCGAACAUAACCUAUAAAACAAUAUUGAAUAGGUGUUAGUAUACUAUAUUGAAUAUUAUGUUGUAUUACAUAAUAUAAACAAAUUUAAUAUACAGAUAAAAUACGUGUUGUUAUUUAUCAAAAGAGAUAUACGAUGGCAGAAGUAAAUACGGAUAACAAUGAUUCCCCAACAACACAUGAAAGAUUUUCUCGUAAUCGUGGACGUGGUUCUGGCAGUAAAAAUCGCGAUACAUUUCAUAAACAUAGUGAUCGACGAAAUUAUGAUUCUUCCAAUUCUCAAGAAUCAAGUAAUAAAUCAAAUCGUGCUAGAUCAUAUAGGGGUGGUUUCCGUGAUAAUAAUUUUGCUCGAAAACCGUAUAAAAGAAUCUGGUCUCAUUUGGAAGGAGAUGGGAAAAGAAAACGGCUUGAAGUUGGUAAUCGUUUAAAAGAACCUGACAUUGGUGUGACAGAAUUUAUAGGAGAUCAUCUUGGUUUUUCUGGUUUAGUUAAAGAAAGAUACAGUGAUUUCCAUGUCAAUGAAAUAUCUCUUGAUGGUGAGAUUGUUAAAUUAACGGAUCAGAAUAUUCCUAUCGAGCCCCAAGAAACAGAAACUUUAGAUGAUUUGAAGAAAUGUGUUUCUGAUACUAUAUGGGAACAAUUGCAAACAUUAAAAGAAGAAGAAUCAUCUACUUCUUCUAUUGAAAUUGAUGUUACCGAUAUAGAUAAAGAUGGACGAAGAACUAUUCAUGAAAUUGCUAAAAGACUGACAAAUGUUAAGAGUCAAACUAUUGAUCAAAAUGGCAAAAAGCUUAUGAUAAUAAUGAAAAAUACAAAAGAAAAUACAAAUACAAAUGCUUACAGGUUCCGUAUUGACGACAGAAUUAAUUGGAAAAAACAUGGAGGAGACUAUUGUUACUUUUUAUUACAUAAGGUGAAUAUGGAUACAAUGGAUGCUUUAAAUCAAAUGGCCAUGAUGUUACGUAUUAAACCAAAUAAUUUUAAUUAUGCUGGAACAAAAGACCGUAGAGCAUGGACUACUCAAUGGGUUAGUUUAAAAAAAGUAACUCCUAAAAGCAUUUUACGUGCAGGAAAUGCAAUACGUGGUGCCUAUGUGGGUAAUUUCAAAUUUGUAAAGGAACCACUUAAGUUAGGUAUGUUAACUGGUAAUCGCUUUAAAAUAGCAAUACGAAAUGUUACUGCAUCAAAUGAAGAAAUUGAGAAAGCUAUGAUAUCGUUACGCGAUCGCGGAUUUAUUAAUUACUAUGGUCUUCAACGAUUUGGCACAGUUGCUGCCAUUCCAACACAUGAAAUAGGAAAGAAAUUGCUUCAGGGUAAAUGGCAUGAAGCAAUAGAUUUGAUCUUAAAACCGCGAGAAGGUGAACAAGAUAAAGGCUUGGUAGAGGCAAGGAAAAUAUAUGAAACGACAAAAGAUGCAUAUGCAGCAUAUAAUAAAAUUAAAAGAUCAGACAAAAUUGAAGCAAACCUUUUAAAGGGUCUAACAAUAUGCACAGAUAAAAAUCCUCAAGGUGCAUUAGAUAUGAUACCAAGAAAUAUCCGUUUAAUAUAUAUUCAUGCUUAUCAAAGUUUUAUAUGGAAUCAUUUGGUAUCUAAAAGAAUAAAAGAGUUUGGUACACAUCCUAUUGUUGGUGAUUUGGUAUAUCAAAAUAAUUCGGAAGAAAAAUGUUCAGAAGAAAAUACAGAAAGUGCAGAAAUGUGUCAAGAUAAUAGCGAAGAUACUUGCUUGGAUGAUGAUGCUGAUGAACCUAGUAAUUCUAUGAAAGAAGAUCAAGACGAAAUGAUGUCUGAAAUGUAUGAAGUAGAUAAUAAAAAAGAUGGCAACAAAUCUAAUAAUGAUAUAAAAGAAGUUACAAAUGCUACAGAAAUAAGUCUUAAAAUAGAAGAGAAAACUGAUGAAAAUAAUACUAUCGAAAAUAAAGAAGAACAGGAAGAUACUUAUAAUAUUCCUUCAGUCAAAAUCCUCACUGAAGAAGAUUUACCUAAUUAUACAUUAGCUGAUAUAAUAAUGCCACAGCCAGGAUGGAAAGUGAUUUAUCCUCCAUAUGCCAAACCCUGGUUUGAUGAAUUUUUAGCUAAAGAUGAAUUAACGACUGAUUUAAGACAGAAUAAUAAAAAAUAUAGUUUGGGUGGAGCUUAUAGAAAAAUAUUACAAAUUCCAUUAGACUUAUCUUGGAAAAUCAUGCGCUAUAAAGCUAAGCAUGAUGAUCUCAUUUCGAGUGACAUUGAUGAAAUAAAACAAGUUACACCUCCGAAAGAUGAUCCUGACGGAGAAUAUAAAGCAUUAAUAGUAGAAAUGAGUUUAGGAGCAAGUACAUAUGCCACAAUGGCGUUACGUGAAAUAUUAAAACACGAUACGUCACCUCAAGUACAGGCUGCACAAUCCGCAGCUCAUGACACGCUUGUCGAAAAUAAAGAAACUAUUGCUGAUGUAUCGAAAACAAAUACCGGCGAUAAUAAUACUCAAUCAAAAGAAGUUGAAAAAGAAGGAUUAGAACAAUCGGAUAAAAUUGAUGAGAAGAUGGAUGUUGAUCCAGAUCCAAAAGAAUCUGCCGAAAACGAAAAAUGUUUAAUCGAAUCUGAGACAGAAAUGCAAGUAGAACCGGCGAUUGAUGACAUAGAAAUGAGUCAAGAAAAAAUAACUGUAAAUGACAUUAGUGCUAAUUAAAGAUCUUUUCCAUCUAAGAUGCUACAAAUAUUUUGUUUCUAUUUAUCGGUACACGCUACAAUUAUUGUAGCGUGUAUAAAUACACAUUUACUUUUGUUUAAAGAAACAGACUUUGUAUUUUCUUUUUUUUUU